GUUCCAAAUGUUACAGUAAGUCCGAAAGCUACGAUUACACAUCAAGUAGCACUGAUUAGUUGAAGCACAAGCCUUGUAUGAGGCGGACGCUUCAUUUGGCUACUCCCAAACGAAAGAUUGUGUUCUCUCAGGAUGAGGUCUUCUAUAAAGAGAAGUAUCCUCUUUGUGGUAUUAACCAUCGGUUUUCAACUAUUUGGAUCUUCAGAAGCAAGGCAUUUGGACAAACAUGCAUCGAUUAAAGGAAAGAACCCUUCCAAAACAAUUUGCGAAACACCAACCUGUAUCUCGGCAGCCACAUCCAUUCUCGAAAGCAUGGAUACGACCGUCAAUCCUUGCGAUGAUUUCUACAAAUUUGCAUGUGGAAGUUUUGUAGAAAACUCCUACAUUCCUGACGAUAAGAGUAAACUCACUAUGUUUGACAACCUUAACGACAAGCUUCAGGUCCAGUUGCGCAGUAGCAUUGAGGAUGGCAUUAAAGAUACUGAUCCUCGGUCUUUUAAAUUAUUGCAAUCUUACUUCAAAACGUGCAUGAAUAAAGAUGAAAUCAACAAAAAUGGCAACGACGAAUACUUGAGAUACGUCAAAAAUUUCGGAAAUUGGCCGGUGUUAGCUGGUGAUUUGUGGCAAGAAACAGAUUUUGAUUGGUUACAAUCGAUAUAUCAAUUCCGUCGCAGUGGAUACUCUACAAACUAUUUGAUAGGUUUAAGCAUUGAAGUUGACAUGAAAAAUAACAAAAAACGUGUAAUUACAUUGGAUCAAACAUCCCUUGGACUGUCUCAAGAAUUUUUAAGAAAUGGCUUUGACGAUAAAAAUGUCAAAGCUUAUUAUGAAUACAUGGUGGAGUUUGCUACUUUAUUCGGAGCCGACGGUGAACGAGCAAAGAAAGAACUUAAGGAAUCACUCGAUUUUGAAAUUAAACUAGCUAAAAUUUCUUUGCCUUUGGAGGAGCGCCGAGAUGCUGAGAUGCUCUAUCAUCCAUUUUCUAUAAAACAAGUGCAAUCAAAGUACACCAGUAUUCCUUGGGCCAAAUACUUGAACGAAAUCUUGAAACCUCAUACUUCUGUUGCCGCGGACGAAGUUGUGAUAGUCGCUGUACCGAGUUUCUUGGCUGAUUUCGAAAAACUCAUUCAGACCACUCCCAAGCGUAUUCUGGCCAACUAUCUCUUGUGGAGGGUUAGCAUGGACUCCGCCAGCUUUUUGGGUGAUAAGGUCCAAGCUAUUCAAACCAAGUACGAGGCGGUUCUCACCGGUAAGAAAGAGAAGGGUGAGAGAUGGAAGACCUGCUUAAGCGACAUCACCUAUAAUUUGUAUGUCGGUGCCAGCGCAAUUUACGUUAGAAAGUAUUUCGACAAAGAAUCCAAACACGACGCCGAAGAAAUGAUAGAGAACCUUCAGAAAAGCUUCAAAAACAUCUUGUUAGAGCUUGACUGGAUGGACGAAAAAACAAAAAAGGCGGCUUUAGAAAAGGUCGACUGGAUCGCGCCUUACAUCGCGUACCCGAAUGAAUUCUUUGAGGACCAAAAGCUCGACGACUUCUACAAGGAUUUCGAAGUUGUGGAUUCGAGUUACUUAAAAACCAAAUUGAACUUCAACUUGUUCCAGAAAGAGUACUCGCUCGGUCAAUUGAGGAAACCAGUCGACAAAACCGACUGGAUCUCUCACGCCAGAUCGGCGAUCGUGAAUGCCUUCUACGAGCCGAACGAGAACAGCAUUCAGUUCCCCGCUGGAAUUUUGCAAGGCGUGUUCUUCGACAAAAACAAGCCCAAAUACUUGAACUAUGGCGCCAUCGGUUCCGUGAUGGGCCACGAAAUCACCCACGGCUUUGACGAUCAGGGUUCGCAAUUCUCCAAGGACGGAAACCUCGUCGACUGGUGGGAAAAGGAAACGAAGGAAAAGUACUUGGAAAAAGCGAAAUGUAUCAUCGACCAGUACAGCAACUACACCGCUGAGGAAGUUGGCUUGAACCUUAACGGUGUCAACACCCAAGGAGAAAACAUCGCCGAUAACGGCGGAAUGAAGGAGUCUUACUUUGCUUACCGGGAAUGGGAGAAAAAGAAUGGCGUUGAGCCACGUCUUCCUGGUCUUCAUUACACGUCGCAGCAGAUGUUCUGGAUCAACGCUGCCAACGUCUACUGCAGUAAAUUUCGUCCAGAGGCAUUGAGAGCCCAGAUCAUUACGAACGUUCAUAGCCCGGGCGAAUUUAGAGUCAAGGGACCGAUGUCGAACAAUCCAGAAUUCGCAAAAGACUUUAACUGUCCUCUUGGCUCGAAUAUGAAUCCCGUCAAGAAGUGUACGGUGUGGUAGACAUUUUACGUAGACGAAAACUACUAUAUCUUAUUUCUGAUAUUGUUGAAUCAUUGAUUCGAAUCAAUAUAUGAUUGUAAAUGUGAAUUAAUCAAAACAAAAAGUUAUUUAAGGUAUAUUUAAUAAAUAAUUCAUAACCUGUUGUAA